GAGACACUUGGAGAGGGGUGAUGAAACAAGGGCUAAUCAACUGUACAGACAAAGACGUACAGAGAUUGACGACAUACAAUAGAAUAUUUGUGAGCUUUCUACUUUAUUUGCAAUGCUAUCUAGCUGUAUCAGUAAGCGGAUUAAAGUUGUUUCGCACAACUUUCUUUGUGAUGGCAUUGGUGAAUGUUUGUUGGCAGCACUGGAUGGAUGAGAGUGAUGGUACAAGUGAUUCCGUACUAAAGCAUAAACCUAUCUGGGCUACUUAUAACCAGAAGUGGAAGAAGGUGAAGAAAAGAACAGUAGAAAAGAAGAAACAAGGUGAUCUGCACCGCACAUAUGGUACCAGAGUCAUUCCAGUGAGCUUGUGUGUAUUUUAUGUAAACCUUUCUACCUAUUGCACUGAAUGGUUUGUUCUGUCUUUAGCUGAUAUGGAUGAACAUCUUAUGAUGGAAGAUGAAAGUCUUGUUUGGACAAGUAAAGAUGUAGUUAUUGUACUCCAACAUCAGAAUGAUACGAUACCUUUGAGUUAUGUUUCAGAAAUAGAGAGAAGGCAUGCUAUUUCAAUGCUAGCCCAACAACAUAUAUCGACUGGGCUGGCUUCUGCUGUGGAUGGUUGAGUGCUCCAUAUGAAAAAGGCUUCUCAUGUGCAUGAAAGGCCUGUUGUAAAUUGGCUCUGGGCAACAGGUUGCCACUCAUUUGGACCGUUCUCUAACACUUCACAAGUCAGUCACUGUUGAUUCAGCCCUUCACCGGAUCAGCGAGUCAUCAGAUACUUCAUUCGUACCAAACACACCCUAUAUAGUCUUGAUUUCUGCAUUUUCCUUAUCAGCACAGUCCACAAUCUUAGUUCUGGUAGUCCAUGAACUCUUUCAUCAAACUAUCUCCAGAGCCAGCAUUCUUUUGGGAAUCAAAAGCUCACCUCGACUUUUGCUUCGACCUUAGUCAGUUAGUUGUUAACUCUGAUAUGACUAGUUUGUCACCAAGUCUUUGGAUGUCUGACUUACAAUCCACAGAAUUAUUUCAAGCUAUGUGCUUGGACUCUUCAAAAGUAUCAAUAGGUGCGGGCUGGAUCCAUCACGGAUGCGACAACUUUCCAUCUAUUUUUUUAGUGUUCUUAUUCUGCAGCUAUAUGGAGUUCCCCUUUUAAAAUGGCAUGGAAUCAGAAGACAGGCCACAGGGUGACAAGAUGAAGUGGAUUUGAUGGUAUCCUGGAGCUUGUCAAGCUCAUUAUUCUGGAGAUAUUUUAUACGGAGUCGGCAUUUGAAGUUUAUGUGUUCUACGCUUAUGUGUUUUUUUUAAAAUGAAUUCUUCCAAGUUUGAUGAUAAAAAGUUUAUUUACCAAAA